AUGUUAAAAAUCCACUCAACCAACUACUCGCAUCCCCUCCCACAUGAUCAAGAUAAACAAAAAUCGACAUGUCCUCUUAAAGUUACCAUGUCAUCAUACUAUAUGACAAUGUUAAUUAACAAUAAUUUUGUUGAUGAUAAAGAAUAUCCACCAACACAAUCAAACACGCCAUCAAAAAGUUAA